AUGGAUGUCUCCACAGCACCUCGGCCUUCCUGCCCCACCAAGACCCUGCAGAAGCAGCGGCUGGAAGCUCUCAGCGCCUUCUACCAUGUGAUAAUAGUGUGCUUAGCCCCCUGCUCCACCUAUCUUCUCAUCUACCUCCUCUUCACGCGGCUCUGGUCCCUAACUGUUCUCUACUUGAUGUGGCUCUACCUGGACCGGGACACCCCCAGCCGAGGGGGAAGACGGUGGGAGUGGUUAAGGACCUGGCGGAUAUGGAAACAGCAAAGAGAUUAUUUUCCUAUCAAGCUGGUGAAGACGGCAGAGCUGCCCCCCAACCAGAACUACGUGCUAGGGGCCCAUCCCCACGGGAUCAUGAGCACUGGACUUGUCUGUAAUUUCCUCACCGAGAGCAACAACUUCUCCCGACGCUUCCCAGGGAUUCAGCCCUGGAUAGCCAUGCUCAACUUUUUCUUCUACCUUCCAGUCUUCCGGGAUUACAUCAUGGCUGGCGGACUGCGACCCGUGAGCCGUGCCAGCCUGGACUUCAUCCUGUCUCAGGGCCAGCUUGGCCUGGCAGUGGUCAUUGUGCCUGGAGGUGCCCAUGAGGCCAUGUAUACGGCUCCAAGGCAAAACUGCCUCAAACUCCUGAAUCGCAAAGGCUUUGUUCGACUGGCACUGAGACAUGGGGCAUCCCUGGUGCCUGUGUACUCCUUUGGGGAGAAUGAUGUCUUCAAAACUAAGAUUUUUGCCAAGGGCUCCUGGCUGCACCUGUCCCAGAUCAUCUGCAAGAAGUUCACUAGAUUUACUUUCUGCAUCUUCUGGGGCCGGAGUCUCUUCAUGCGCAAAUCCUGGGGUCUGUUGCCCCUUGCCAGGCCUAUCACCACUGUUGUGGGCGCCCCCAUCCCUGUGCCCCAGCUCAGCACACCCACUGAGGAGCAGGUUGACCACUACCACAGGCUCUACCUGGAGGCCCUGGAGCGACUGUUUGAGGAGCACAAGGAAAGCUGUGGCGUCCCCGCCUCCAGCCACCUCACCUUCCGCUAGGCCUGC